AAAGCCGCCCGCCCGCAUGCAAUUAGAAAAACUUCAGGACAAGAAACCAGAGUGUCACUUGGAGUGGCCUUACUCUAUCUCUGGUGCAGCUAUAAAUGUAGUUUAUGUCGCUGGGAUUCAUUUUCAUGCAGUUAGCGAUGGAUCUUCUUGUCCAGAUAUGUCUCCUGUUCUAUCUCCUAUCAUCUUUUGUUGUUGCAGAGGCCACUUUGGAUCUGAUGUAUAACACGAGUGUGGCGUGUCCUGGAGAGACAGUUCUGUUCACAUGCUUCGUACCUGGUGGUGUUGCAUUGCAAUGGAGAGUAGAUCCUCCAGCAGAGUCUAUGUUGAUGUCAGAAGUACAAACGAAUCCAUUCACUAUAUUCUCACAAGUUGGUCGAAGGGACACAUUUGGAUCUGGAGUGAUCAUGUUUGAGGCUGUUUUUGUGAGCAAUGAUGAUGGAAAUCUGACGUCCACUCUCAUCAACCUCAGUGAAGUGUCUGUACUGGAUGGUAGCAAUGUCACCUGUACUGCUACUAUUAAUAAUGGUGUUGUAAUAGAGUUACAACAGACUGUCACAGUUGCUGGUGCCCCAACUUCUCCACUCAACCCAAUAAUUUCCUCCAUUCAAAAUCAAACUCUCUCUUCCAUUAUCACUCUGGACUGGGACUCCCCCUCCUCUACUGGCGGUGUGUCUGUCAGCUAUGCCCUCACCAUCUCCCCAACACCUCUCUCCGAGUCACCAGUCACCGUGGAGACCACCUCGGCACAGAUAACCAUCUCCUACGACACUCACUACACUGUGACCAUCAAAACUGUCAACUGUGCUGGCAAUAGCAGUGCUGUAAUGGUGGUGAUUCCUGCUAUUGUUACCUGCCCCUCUAAUCCACCACCUGCGGAUCGAGUGACCAUCAAUGGUCGUCCGCCACUGCCUGUACUAAUAGGAUCAAUACUAAGCUUCACUUGCAAUGGACAGACGGUAUCAGCAACAUGUGAGAGUAAUGGACGAUGGUCAUCUGACCCCACCACUUACAUGUGUCUCUCAGUUGCCACCUGUGGUUCUCCUGCUGCACCAUCUAGAGGUAGUGUGGACAUCAGUGGUGGAACACCACCCUUCUCACUGGGUUCAGAGGUCACCUUCCACUGUGAUGAGGGACUGUUCCCCCCUAAUGUGAGGACCAGCACAUGCACUGAUGUGGGGGGUAGGGGAGAGUGGGUGGAGAAUCCUGGGAGCUUGGUGUGCAGGGAGAGACCAGUCAACUGCACUGUACCUGCUGAGCCGUGCAACGGUGGUAUAUUGGACUAUGAGAGGUCGAAUGAGACAGUGUUGGAGGGAACAGUGUUGACUUACCAGUGUGACAAUGGAUUCUCACUGACUGGACCCAACACCAUCACUUGCACUAAUGCUGGAGUCUGGAGUACUAAGCCUGAGGCAAUUGUGUGUGUACUUAUGACUGAAGUUUCUACUGUCGCUCCUUUGUUCUCCACUUCUGCAACUGUCGCUAUCAGUGUGGUCAUCACUUUCAUUGUCACUUUAGUCAUUGGAUUCCUCACUGGACUCCUAGUGAUGCAUGUUUUCUCUCGUAAGAAGGCGGUGUACUUCCCGGUAACUGAAGGACAAGCUAACGCAGCGUCCACUACACCAGUUGGUCCUGUAACUCCUGUUUAUGAGGAGGUGUCACCCAAAGAGGACAUUGAACUCAACACAAACCAGGCGUACGGACCAUUAGGACUGUGACAGUUGUUCACUCUUAAUUUUAAUACAAUAGCAUUCAAUAAUGCGAUCAUUCUGGCAUUUCGUUUGUUUAUAAUAGACUCGCUAUAGUUUAAUAUACAUUUGUAGAUAUAGUGUUAAUUAAUGCCUAUAAUUCUAAUACUAAUCAUAGAUUGUCUCAUGCAAUGACAUCUAUAUAUCCCUAUGAUUAAUAUACGGGUUAUAAUUAUUUUUUGCUGUAAAACCUUAUAAUGUGGUUUUUCU